GAAGGGCUGAUCCAAAAACACCCGAAGCUAUUGCAGCGUUGACAUAGACCCGGAGUCGCGCAACGUGCCAGGGCCGGGCACUGUUAAGGGUGGGAGGUGCCUAUUUCCGUGACUUCACCGCUUUGACUGAAAUGAAAACUCGUUUCUUGCUUCGCACCUCACACCCAUGGCGGCUCCAAGGCGGCAGGACACAGGACUGCAAAGGAACAGCCCAGGCACUCUAUCAGGGCUAGGCUCGGGAUCAACGAUGUCUGCUAUAAAUACCUACAACGCCUCGCUGCAUCGCUCUGUAAAUGUCCAAAAGAUCACGAACCUGAACGCGCAAGUCAACGACGCCCAGGGUGGUGGCAGCAACAGCGGCCGGAACCUUGCUCUCGCACAGCUCUGGGCCCAAUGUGCAUCUUCAGUCUCGUACAACUCAUCUGUCGCAGCUGCAGCCAUUGUCGAUCUCGUCUCAGCGCACACACUCGACUGGGGCGACGCCUUUGAUGGAUUCGAGAACGCGCUGUCCACCGCUCAGGGACAGGCAUUGGCCAACAUCAUACACUCGCUCAGCAACCUCAUCAUCGCCGCAGCGGAGGCUUCGUGCGGCAAAUCAAAGACGAACACCCGAAUCAACAAGAAUGCUUUUGCUAUGAAGAAUAAUCGACAUCCGUAUAUUGGCCUGAUCUCGACCAAGGCACAUGUGGAAACAAUCCUGUUUGCAGAGAUGGACAGGAUCUUAAACCAUGGAUCGGACUCAGCUGAAUACAGAACUGCGACUUUCGAUAUCUUAGUACCGUUUCUGGACUUUUGCCUGUUGGACCGUGAAGCACGGACGGCCGCUGUCUCGAGCACAGCUUUGCUUUGGAUAUCCAAGACCCUCAACAGCUGCCUUCUCGACUCGGAACUGGAUCCCUUCGUUAUACACCUCUUCAACUACCUGUGCUCUGUUCCCGAUCGCUUCCCUCUCGAGCGUUCUCAGCUCAGUACAGCAUUGCAGGCAACAAUCAGCACAUUGGUAGACUUCUAUUGCCUCCCUUCUACCCAGCUGUCUCUUUCGGCACCGUACAAGGAGGUUCUUGGCGGUCGACUCUUGCUAACUUUGCUUUCCUGGACGGCAGAUAUGAGGCGAUUCGGACUUCCAACCCUACAAUUAGUGCAGUCCAUCCCAGCGCUCUUCAGGAAACGCAAAGCAUACACCGUGCCUACAUUGCCCUUCGAGACCCUCUGGCCGCUUUUAUCCUUUCUACUGAUGAACUCACCAACUCUGGAUGAGCAGCGGAUUGUCGUUGAUUGGAUGCAUACAACCAUCGCUGCGACAACAGAAACCGUGGAGCCCAUGAUCGCGAACGUGGCAUUCCUUCCAAUCUUCCAGGUACUGGGCGAGUCGCAAUCAGAAGCCCUCACAAAGAAGUGCUCGGAGAUUUUGAGCACAUUGGAAGGCAUUUCCAGUGCAUCGGAUACCCAUACACGUUCAAAUCCACAACCCCUAUCGACCUCGGGCGUAGCUGCCAUGAUUCAGGCAGAGAUUUCCCAUUUGCGUCUAGUCUGGAGCGAUACGGACGAAGAGCAGAAUGAUUUGUUCUUCACCAUUGGCGACGACAGCGUUCUUUCCAGCCUUAUCUACACGACGUUUAUGUUCCAUCCCGAUGAGAACAGGCGGAUUCAUGCUGCGACACGCCUGGCACAGGUGGACGAUGGCCGGUUGGUAGCGUUAGUAAUCUUCAUCUACAAGCUGAGAGUCGACCCUUCUCCACUUGUCAAGCUGCAUCUGUUGCAGGACGCCAUUCCUUCAUUGGUGACAUCUAAAGACGAGAUAGUUGCUGCAAAGGUGCUCCGAACUAUUUUGACACUUAUAAACGGUGUCCCCAAUGCGCCCUCAGGAUCCAAGUUUGUCAACUCGCACAUGGGAGCGGUAGGAGUCAGGGUCCUGUUCCUCAUCUGGAAGAGGCAGCCUCGAGUGUGGAAGACUCUGCGCCAUGUGAUCCAUGGAUGGGUGGAAAAUCGUCCGCGGCUUUUGAAGACGCCGGUCAAGGGCCAGCCUGAAUACGAGAUGGAGGUGGCCGUCCUUACCACGAUAAGGGAUAUCUGUGCAUUCGAUGCUGCUGGAUAUGCAGAGGUGCUUAUUCCUUUCCUGGCAAACUUACUUGGAUCGGCUGAGUUGUACGCCUCCUCCAUCUGCACUAUUAUCGAGACCAUGAACCUUAUUGUCGACGCCAAUGUCGUGGAACCAAGAGCAGCAUGGAAUGUACUGCUUUGCCAUGUGGCAGAGCACGCGAUGAAGACCGGUCACCCAGGAAUGCUUCGGGAGAUGUGCGUUUUCUACGGUAUCGUUGGUUCAAGAAGCGAAGACACGCAAGUUUACUUGGAUUUGCGUGAGGCCACUCUUGUGAACUAUAUCCAACCACUCCUGGACUCUGAGGACCCAAAGAUUUUGUCCGCAGCUCUGAAGGCGCUCUCUUGCUUCACAGCGCCCGAGAUCAUGCCUAUUCUGCCAACAGAGUCGCCUUCAUUGUACAUUCGCAAGCGGAUCAUGGAGGCCCCGGAUUCGAUGGUGGUGGACGAGUAUUCCUAUAUUCUCGACAAAUUGGUCCGCCAUGAACUGCAGCAUAUGAGACGUGGUCUCUUCAAGGAUGCCGCUUUCAAAAAAACCACUCUGGAUGCGCUCUCAGGGAAACAGGAGUUAGACAGACUGCAGGGGGUUCUCUCUGUCGUUUCAGGAAAUAUUUUACAGAAAUGGCAGUCUGGUGAUGUGAACCCGGGUCUACGAAUCGGCUAUGCGCUCUCCAGCCUGCUAUGCUCUUCAGUAACCGAGAAAUUGCCAGCAGCAAAUCUCAGCGGCAGCGCUAGCAGCAAUGGUCCGGCGGAGGGUGACGAUUCUGUGCAGGCAAUUAGAGCCAAACAGAGUUACAGGAAUGUGAUGACGGCCUUGACGGACGUUACGCUUACAGACCACCUGGUGGAGCGCAUAUCGGCCCUGGAAGGAUGGACAGCCCUGUUCGAUAACGUGUGGGUUCCAAACGAUGAUGCCCAAACGCUAGCGAUCGCAGAGACGCUGGUUGGGGACCUCUACAAGAAGAUCACGGAUGGAUAUGUACCAGCACAUUGUGCAAAUGCACUAUUCGCCAUCACAGGCAUCAUUCUGUCUCUUCAUCGUCAUUCGCAUCCUGUAUCGACUGUACAGAGUUCAAUUUUAGCCAAGCACUUACUCCAGAAUUUCGUCCGCACUGAGGCCUUGUCAGAUGUAGGCGGUAGCGAUGAAGUUCAGUUUGCUGUUUUGGUAUCCUUCAGUUUUAUCACGCCUCUCGCUGCUGUCGACGAAAAACUUGUUACAUCCGUUCUCGGGGUGUUUACUGACCGCCUGCAAGACGAUGCAGCGAAUGCAAACACUUCAAACGAAUUAUCGAGCUGGGCUACGUUUGCUACGGGAUGGGCGUUCUGCAAUUUGCUAGCUGGACUGGUCGACUCGCCCACUAAGACUGCCGAGCUAAAUCAGAUUUGUCGCCAAACACUCCAGCAACUCUUGAUGGUCUUUGAAUCGAACGCGGCCUCGUUCGCCCUCAUCCUGGGUACCCUCAUCGCAUUUCCGCGCCUGUCAGUCGCUAUCGUUUCCUCUUCAUCCCAAAUGCGUAAAAGCGGGUCUGUAAGCGAAGACGUAGAGGCUAUCCAUAAGAUUAAGGCCAUGGCGCGCAGUGACUUGGAAGCGUUCUUGGACAACCAGCAACAACCGUAUACUGCACAGACUUUGGCCAGAUUGUUGGGUGCGCCUUGGGUGGUUGCAUUCUCGGACAGGACAGAGCGCUCCGCUGACGAGCGCAAAUCGGAUACGGAACUUUUGGAUCGCGCUCUCUUGGCUGCAACCUCCAGGAGAGACCUACAGCCACAGUUGGUCCACUUUACGGUGCCGUUCUGCCACAUGAUUCACACGAACCUUGAUACUCGUAACCCAACGUCUAGCGAGAUCUCGCUCUUUACAGGACGCAUCCACUCGCUCGUCAACCUCAUUCGGAUCACUCCAACGUCUGCAGCACGACAUACUGCUGUAGUUGCGCUCGCAUCACUAUUCGGUAUCGACUGGUCUCAAGGCCCUACGGUCACCACUGUGGGUAGCCAUGGUUUGUUUUCGUAUCUCACUUCAUCGGUCAACCCUGCAGCCAUGUCGACCGUUACGAACUCUGCUCUAUCGACUUUGAUGGAUAUGAGUGGUCUUUCCAUUUCCAUCACGACUACCACGCCUACUGCUGGAGACUCUGCCUCUAGAGAAACUGCGUCGUCAGCUGCAGUUGUCGUUCCCGGAUCUAAGAUGUCGUCCGUAAAAUCAACGCUCAUGGCACAGGACCUGAAGGCAGGACGUUUGGCGGCCAUGGUUCUUGGACACAUCGCCUGCCAUAUGCAUCGUUUGGGACAGGCUGACACAGGAAUGGCCAUUGGAACCAGCAGUGAACCGAAAGACUAUUCUCGAUUACCAUUUUCAACAUCAUGGUUGCGCGCACUCUGGGAUGGCCUUUGGGAACCACUUCAGAUGGGCACUGUUCAGAGGGCUCAAAAGUCGUACGCAGCCGCACUUGAACUGCUGUUGUACACCAUCCUCAGUCUACCGACACCAUUACCUGCAGUAAACUGGUUCCCAUUACUGACGCAGCUGGUGGUGCUGGAGCCGCGGUUGAUUGUAGCAGCUAUCCAGGUGGCUUCUAGGCAUGCCAGUACCUCGACUUCGUUGAUGGAGUUCCUGAUCAUGAGUCUUUCAAACUUCAAGAUCAGAGGUGCUGACACUCCUUUUGAUUCUGGGGAUGACGGCCUCUCUGCAGAAGAAUUGUUUGUUGGUGAAGAGGGACUCGGUAGGAUCUUGACAUUAGGAGGAUUACCACUGAUCGCUGUGGGAGGGGACCAGGCCCUGGCAGAACUGGACAAGGUCCGAGGGUUGGACACGCUUGCAAAGAAGGUGACAUUACCGAUCUCUCGAGUGGUUGACUUAGUGGAGAAGUUGGUCAGGGUCCUUUUCUUUAAUCCCGAUGGAUCAGAGAAGACAGACGAGGAGCAUGUGGGAGUCCAGGUCCUGCAGCUCGUGUUUCUGGACACGCUGAGCAAUCAUAUGAGAUACUACUACCAGGGACGUGCCUCGUCCGCAUCCCAUAGCGCCCGCACCAAAUCAAACCAGUCGCCAGUGCUUUCAGACGAUGCGAAGGAGCUGCUGGGAGAAUUGAGAUCUGUGAUAUUGAGAAUCUUUUAUCAGCUCUCCUUCCACGAGUUCUUGCCCGCGCAACGCGUUCUACGGCGACUAGCUGAUCUUUCGCUAAUGUCUUUAUCACAUCUGCAUGCUGCUCGGUUGGAUGUCUCCGAUGUUUCAGGAGAGCAAACGGAUGCCGGCGCUCAGGUGCUCAAGGAAGCCAUAGGCAUGGCAUCGCUCUACCGUGCAGGAUACUUGACGUCUCAGCAAGAAGGAAGAUUGACCAUGGUUGCCCAAUCCGCACUGUUAAUUGUAAGCGGUCACUCGUCAGCUGAGUCCUCCGGAUCAAGCGAUCGACAGCUGGCCGAGUCAGCGAUAUCGGUGCUGCUAUACGCUAUGGACGUGGGUGUUGGCAAGAGAAUGUCCGCAACGACAGUCUCGCAGCGCAAGAGGAGAGACGCCCACCGCCUGAUGUGGCUGCAGAGGAUUUUGGACUUGUUGGUUCUGAUGUCCAGCCAGUCAGAAGUGUUUGCCACUGGAUUGGUGUUGCUGCUCGGGGGCGCUGUUCUGAUGUGGUGGGAUGAGCAGGACGUCGUCAUGCUGCGGAGACAGCAUGGGAGCAGUUACCAAGACAGCGCAUCGACUCGCUCUGGUCCUGCACAGGACGAUGCUGAGGUGAAUCUUUUGACCAUGGUAGAGGAUCAUAACUUGGAGCAUGGCAAUGGCUUCCAAGGCGACGACAAUAUCAGCAGCGGUAGCGGCACAACCUCGGUCGACUACAACAUUCUUGAAGACGAUGAGUUUGAGUCAUGGCAUCAGGAGUUCUUACAGAGCAUUUCUAUCAACACUGUUGGAAAAGAGAGGCUGAGCGAGCAUCAGCGCGCAGUUGAAGGUCGCCUGUCAUUGGCCUUGCCGGAUAUUGUGAUGUGUGCCCGAGACAAGGGGUCUUUAUCAUCCGGUGAGAACCAGACAGCCAGCCGACUUUUGCGACUCGCACUGGACUCGCAGAUCGGGGCCACGGAGCGACAGUUCCUGACAACAUUGCUGAGGCGUAUGGAGGAGCUGGUGCCCAGAGGACAGAGUUGGGUGCUGAAGUAGUUCCUGUCGAACUGUUAGAGUUGGUGAUAGCAGAUCGGCCAAUAGAUCAGCUUGUUUCAAAUCCAUCUAGUCUCAAGGAAAAUGGGAUGUUUCUUUCGGUAGUCGCUACUAAAGACGCUUGUACUACCUAACCAGGG